GUACGAUUCAGUUCACCAAACUUAAAACACAUCCACUUACCCACAAACAUUCACUACUAUAUCUUUAUGUUUCACUCCAUUCUUAUAUAAAUAUAUAUAUAUAUAUAUAUAAUUUCUUUUUUGUCCAGUUGCUCUUUUGUCACUUUAGACUUUCAAUGCAUUGGCAUGUGAGAGUUAGAAGUUAGAACUAUUGGAGCUUCACAAAGUUUCAAAUAUGAUAAUUGGACUACUUCAUAUGCUCUCCUUUCCUUUAUAGUAGUUUUCUUAAAACUGAUUACAGUAACCAGAGUUUAACUGUUAGACACAUAGAUAAGCAGCUUGAAACUACAGAUCAUAGAGUCACUGUCGUUAUAUUAUAUGUUAUGCUAGUCCUAAUAUAAAGUUAAUAAUGCAUUAACAUAUAUUUCCAGCACCUCCAAUGAUUAGAGUCUCGGUGACUAGUGCGUUUCUACUGAUUCAUAUUGAAAACUAUGUUAUUUUGUGUAGAAAAAAUAAUAUGUGGUUCCCAGAAAAUGGUUUCUUUUACUUUUCUCCCUUUGCAUCAAAGAUGUAGAGACUUAAAUUUUUUUAUCCAUGUUUUGAUGUAUUUUCAAAGAAGAAAAAUAGAGAGGAAAAUUUCGUUCUGGGCAUUAACCAAAUAUGCAUAUCUUGUAGAAAACAGCACAGUCUACUAAUUUUAUAGCUACAGUGACAAGUUGUGUCAUUUUUACUACUGAAGGGUAGCAUCAACUCAUGAUUUAAAUUUAUAAAUUUAUGAAUAUGCCUCAGUUAAAUUUUACACCAUUAUUUUAUAGUUGAGUUAUCCGUAUGCACUGGUGGCUGAAAGAGUUCAACGAAGAGCCAUUUGACGCAGCAGAAUUUAGAUAAUAAAAAUAAUAUAAAUAAACUCUUUAUUUUUGGUUCUUCUGAUGCAGAAUCUCCAAUACUUGAUGGAUACUUAUAGAUUGAUCUGAUUUGAUUCUGUCUACAUAUGCAUAACUUUCUAGUUAGGAAGACUAAUAUAUAUGUUUCGUUAAUAUGCCUAUUUUAAGAUUUGUUAUGUAUAUUAGCAAACAGGUUAAUCCUUAUGCAAAACAAAAGAAGAAACUGAAGUCUUAAUCCUUAAAGUGGUAGAUAUACUAUUUGUAGUGGUUUAUGUUUGUGGCCAUGCAAGGGCAGAAUGCAGUCCAUUACAAGGAACUGUUCAGUUUCAGAACAAGCGCAAUUAAAAGACAGUUCAAGAUAAGUGCUCCCUCUAUACUUUCCAGUUCGAAUCCGGUUAGAACUCAUGUCACAUUUAGCCUGGUGAGGGAGAAAAUUUCUUUGACACCUUGCUGCACAAUCCGACCGACCAAAAUCAAAGCUGCAGAUGGAAAUCAAGGAGAGCUUCCGGAUGAGGACGAUGAUCUUUGUCCAGUGGAUUGUGUUAGAGAAUUCAAGACUGAUGACGAGUUCUUGAAGAUCCUAGAUAAGGCCAAAGAACAUGGUUCUUUAGUUGUAGUAGAUUUUUAUCGAACAUCUUGUGGAAGCUGCAAAUACAUAGAGCAAGGAUUUGCAAAGUUGUGUAGGGGAGCUGGUGAUGAAGAAGCUUCAGUAAUCUUCUUAAAGCACAAUGUAAUUGAUGAGUAUGAUGAACAAUCUGAGGUUGCUGAACGACUAAGAAUUAAGACGGUGCCCCUCUUCUACUUCUAUAAAAAUGGGGUCCUAUUGGAAGCUUUCCCAACUAGGGACAAAGAGAGGAUUAUUGCCGCAAUUCGUAAAUACACGUCUCCUGCAUCUCCAGCUACAUAAAUAUUUUCAGUUCUGGACUUCGUUACUAUAAAACCAAAUUAUGCAGCAUUGAUAUCAAAUAUACAUAUUUAUAGGGAUUGUAUAAUACUAAACAGACUUCCUUCCCCACAUAUUAAAACGCCCAAACUCGUUUUCCCUACCUACUUAAUAUUUAUGCUAUAUUUGAUUGAUCACAUUGGAUGGUUAUCCCCUUUCUAUUUAUUAUUUUCUUUUUUCUUU